AUGGUAAGAGUCUUGGCCACGAUGCUAAGAGCGAUAAAAAGGUUUAAAGGCAAAGAAAGUCCGGAAAGCCCGGCUGCAACGGUCAGACACCGGGGAAGGAAGUUGAAAUUCCCCGUGUUGACAACAGAGGAAACUCGAGAGGCAACGAUCGAGCUCUACAAGGAAGCCCAGGCGACUCACUACGGAGCAGUGGUGAAGAGCUUUAAAGCUGGGAAAACAGAAGUCCCACAUGAGUUGAGGAAACUUGGCCUCAUGUGGGACAGCAAAGACGAGUUGAUCAGGUGUCGAGGCCGGCAUCUAAAUUGGAUGGAAUACAAUAAAAAAGCAGCGCUCAUUCUGCUACCGGCCGAACACAUCAUAACAAGAAGACUGAUUGAACAAACGCAUCUUCGGUUGAAACAUACCGGAGUGAAAACCAUGAUGGGGGCACUCAGAACGGAUUUCUGGAUUCCGAAGAUGCGUCAGACCAUCAAAAAAGAGACGAGUAAGUGCACCAGAUGCCAGAGAAUGGACUCGAGGCACUUCGAUGAAAUACCAGCGCCUCUACCGUUGGACCGCCUGCAAAUGUCGAACCCGUUCACGAUAACGGGGGUAGAUUUUGCAGGCCCGUUCCUAGUGGAGUCGCCGGCAAAUAGCGGCCACAAGACGAAGGUAUUCGUGUGUCUCUUCACCUGCGCCGUAACAAGAGCUGUUCAUCUCGAAGUUACGACCGACCAGGAGAUCUCCACGUUUAUCUUCGCGCUAAGACGAUUCUUUGCACGGAGAGAGUACCCAAGGGCGCUCUACUCCGAUAACGCAGGAACGUUUACGUUGGCUGCUAAGUACCUCAGAGCAGCGUACAGAGACAGCAGGGUGUUUAACACCCUGGUUUUUCUCAACAUAAAGUGGAGAUUUUCUCCGAGUCUGGCCCCUUGGUUGGGCGGAUUCUGGGAGAGGAUGGUGCAGACCGUUAAACGGUUGCUAUACAAAACAUACGGAAGUGAUUGUAUGGAAUACGAUCUAUUCCAAACGGUGUUGACAGAGAUCGAAGAUACCAUCAACACCAGACCGUUGACAUACGUGGCAGAAGACGAUACGGAGCCGCUAACGCCCAAGCAAUUGGUCACAGGCUACCGGCAACAGCAGCAUCACCCGGUCGAUGACGAGGAGAGAGAGUACUCGGACCGGGUGACACUGACUAAGAGAGAGAGGAUCAGGAGAAACCUGGUCGCUCAAUAG